AUGCCUCGGAAGACCUCCGGAAAUACCACGAAGAAGACUGGCAAGGCUCAGAGAUCCCCCCAACAACAGGAGGAGACUCCCGAGCGCCAGAACGUUCCUGCCAUCGAGGACCGGCCUCUGGAGAAGGCCAAGGAAGCGCUACCACGCUCCCAGGCCACUUCGAAGCCUCCCCCCACCACUGCGGCACCCCCUAAGACUGCCAGCAACACCUCGGCACCUGCUGCCCCUGCUGCAACCGCACCCGCCGCUCCUCGCAAUGCCGCGAAGCCUCACCUGCGCUCGAGCUCGGGCACUCGAGUGGGUAUCGCGUCAUUCCAGCUUGACAGUGAUCCAUGGGCACGAGAAACUGUGGCCCUACUGAAGAAACAGGAAGACGAGGAGUACCAGAACUUCGAAGCCUGGCUAGCUCGUAAGCGUGCCACACAGCGUGCUGCAAUCCACGCGGCACAUGCAAGCACGAGCUCGGCACAAACACCGACUGCGAGCCCCAACCAUUUGGAGCAGCAGGCGGUGACAGCCAUUGGAGAUUGGCUGCUUAACAAAGCCAAGGAGGCAGCACCAGUUCCCGCUGCCCUUCCCGAACCAGCAACCAUCAUGCCAGUCAACACAGACGACACCUCGUCUAUUUCACAUGCCGAGACGUCAGUUGACGAAGCCAUGGACACCACGGCGACCUCGCGUAAGCGGGGACGCGAGGAAGACGCAGCGGAGGGCCCGCGGAAGCAAGCGAACCCACACGCAACAGCGGCAAUCACAACAACAGCUGCUGCAGCACCUGCUCCCUCCCCCCCCAUGCGGGACGACGCGGCGAGCUCGACAGCAACUCCCGCAGUCCUCCUCGCGCAGGCGGCCUCCGCCGACUAG